UUUUCAUUAUUCACUUGAUAUUCUGUCGAAUGUUCACAAUGGAAACGAAAUGCUUUGCCAACCGGAAAUCAAAUUCUGAGAGCUCGAGCCCAUUUGGAAAAGAGAGCUGAUUGAUAGAUUGGUGCCUUGGUGGUGCCAUCUCCAGUGUCGUCCUCGACUUCGUUGAAAGCCCUCCGACUCAGCUUGUUUAGCGCUGAGUUGGCUCACCAAGUUUCGUCAUAUAAAAUGCUUGCACGCUGUGAAUUGAAGUGAAUCAUGAGGUGCCGAUCCGUAGCGUGCAUAUGGUCUGGCACGCCCCCACCUCACAGAGUUACCGCCGUUGCCAGUUUUAGUCAGCCGCCAUCCUUCUAUACUGGUGGAUCCGAUGGCUCCAUCAUCUGGUGGGCCCUCUCCGAUAGUUAUUCCAGCCCGGAAGUUAAAGCAGUGGGUGUUUUGUGUGGUCAUGCUGCACCGAUCACUGAUAUUGGAACUUGCAGUCCUACAAUAGCCGAAAAAGAUGCAGGCCGUUCGAGUAAUUUUAAUGCAUUAAUAAGUGCAUGUACCGAUGGCUUCUUGUGUGUAUGGAGUAGAAGCAGCGGUCAUUGCCGGUGCAGGAGGAAAUUGCCUCCUUGGGUGGGCAGUCCGUGCAUGAUUCGAACACUGCCUUCAAGAGCAAGAUAUGCAUGUAUUGGUUGUUCUUUCAUGGACACGGUCAAUUUGUCAGACCACUAUUCUGUGAUUGAUAGAGAAACUCAGCCUAGGAAGCCUCCGAAAUGCACUAUCGUUAUUGUUGACACAUAUUCGCUUACCAUUACACAAACCGUCUUUCAUGGAAAUCUAUCUAUUGGCCCCAUGAAAUUUAUGGCUGCAGUUUCAGUGUAUAAUGAUAAAGAGAGGCAUUCUAUAUUUGUGGCUGAUUCAGUUGGUAAGCAACAAAUGGUUUCCGUUUUGAAGGAUCCUCAUGAUCAGGGGGAAAACUUUGCUAGUUUGCACAAAGAUACAUCUCAGCUGGAAAGUUCUGUUUGGGCUGAGGGAUUGAGUGGUGCACGGCAAAUUAUUUCAAUUGCAACCCAUGGGAAUGUUGCUGCUUUUGUGUUAAAAGACCACUGCAUAUUCAGGUUACUUUCUAGUGAUACAAAAUUGGGAGAGAUUUCUUUUUCGGACAAUCUUUUAUGUUCUGAUGAGGAUUCUAGUCAAGCACAUGUGAUGGCGGCCAUGUUUCUUGAAACUGUUGGUGCAAGGACUCUGCCAAAUUGCCAUGAAACGAGAUGCUUGAUUCCAGAAAGUUUUGUUGUCUGGAACAAUAUAGGUUAUGCAGUUGUGUAUAAAAUAUCAUAUGAGAAUGACAUUUUUCAAUGUGAACCUCAUUCUGAAAUUCCUUCUACUUGCUAUAAUCCAGACAUGAGAGUAUCCUUUUUUUUCUUACAAGUUGAUCAUUGGCUGCUUCGUAUUGAAUCUGUCUGCCUUCACUUUGAGGACCCUUUACUAUGGAGGCCUCACGUCACUAUCUGGUCACCACAUCAUUUUGACAAUAAGAACGGUAAAUUUUACCAGCAAUGUAGAAUGGUCAGGGAAGGUGUAUCGUUCACUGACCUGUUUAAGAACUCUACUCAGUUGAGAGGGUUAAAUAGUGUAGGGACAGAAUCAAUUUCUAGUAUGGAAUGCUUAGGUAAUUACAAUAUUAACGAGGGACAGAUUGUUUCUUCUUCAAUGAUCAUAUCAGAGAACCUUGUUGCUCCUUAUGCUGUUGUAUAUGGUUUCUUAAGUGGAUUAAUAGAGGUUGUAAGAUUUGAUCUGUUUCAGAGGAUGAGUUUAGAUGGUGCAAGUUCCAAAACUGAGGAAAAAUCAGUUGCAUGCCAACAGUACUUCUCUGGGCACUCAGGUGCUGUACUUUGUUUGGCAGCUCACCAAAUGAUGGGUAGCUCCAAAGGCCGGAGUUUUAAUCAGGUUUUGGUGUCUGGAAGUGUGGACUGCACCGUUCGCUUGUGGGAUCUUGACACUGGCUGUCUUAUUAUGGUUAUGCAUCAUCAUGUGGCACCAGUGCGCCAAAUUAUUCUUCCCCCAUCUUUCACUGAUCGUCCUUGGAGCAAUUGCUUCCUUUCAAUUGGAGAUGACUCAUGUGUUGCUCUUGUUUCUCUUGAAACUUUGCAGGUGGAGAGAAUGUUUCCUGGUCACAUGAACUAUCCUACAAAAGUUGUAUGGGAUGGAGCUAGAGGUUACAUUGCUUGUCUCUGCCAAACACAUACUGGAACGUCUGAUACUUCUGUUCUAUUAUACUUAUGGGAUGUAAAGACUGGUUGCCGCGAGCGAAUUCUUCGUGGUACAGCUGCACAUUCUAUGUUUGAUCAUUUUUGUGAUAGCAUCAGCAUGAAUUCCACAUCUGGCACAUUGUUGAAUGGAAAUACAUCAGUGUCUUCAUUACUUCUCCCAACUGUUGAAGAUGGAAGGUGGUUUAAAUCCUCAUCCAGCAUUUCAGGGAGCUUGGUCACUUCAUCUAGGUCAUCACCAAGCAUUUCAAAUGUGGCUGAGCUGAAUGCUUCCCAAACUCAUGCAGACAAAGCAAAUAAAGAUAGAGCAUAUUCAUCUUCUAUGUCCAUCCUCUGGAGUAAGAAGCACCCAAUAAAAUGCUCUAGCCCAUUUCCUGGUAUUGUGGCUUUGAGUUUUGAUCUUACAUCAUUGAUGUUCUCUUAUCAGAAGCCUGAAUUCAUUGUCAGUGGAGGUCAUGAACCAGUGACUAUCGAUUUAAAGCAGCAGGAAAUUCGAAACCGAAAUUCCAAUCAUGAAAUUCUAGAAACACAUGAGGUCCUAACUGAUACUGGAGAGGGGCGUGAUAAGCUAUUUGAAGAAUACUUACUUCGAUUUAGCUUGUCAUUUUUGCAUUUGUGGGAUGUAGACACUGAGCUUGAUGAUUUGCUGAUGAGAGACAUGAAACUGAGGAGACCAGAAAAUUUUAUAAUAGCUGCAGGUCUGCAGGGGGAUAGAGGGUCUUUAACAUUGACAUUUCCUGGUCUGAGUGCUGUUCUCGAGCUUUGGAAAUCAUCAGCUGAGUUUUGUGCAAUGAGGUCAUUGAUGAUGGUAUCUCUUGCCCAACGUUUGAUUAGCAUGUCUCACUUUGAUUCAGCGGCUGGCAGUUCUUUAGCAGCAUUCUAUACUCGGAAUUUCACAGAAAAAAUUCCAGAUGUGAAGCCACCUUCAUUGCAGCUUCUGGUGGCUUUUUGGCAAGCUGAGAGUGAACACAUACGUAUGGCAGCACGUUCUUUAUUUCAUUGCGCAGCCUCUCACGCCAUCCCGGUACCUCUACGCAAUUUAAACACUACUGAGCAAACCAAUAUUAAAUCUGUAGCUAGAAGCAGAGGUAAAGAGCAGGGUAAUACAGGAUUAAAAAGUGAUGAACAAGAAGUAACCUCCCAAACUGAGGAGUCCAACAUACUUGCAUGGUUAGAAUCAUUUGAAGUGCAAGAUUGGAUUUCUUGUGUUGGGGGAACAAGUCAAGAUGCAAUGACAUCUCACAUUAUUGUUGCUGCUGCAUUGGCAAUCUGGUAUCCUAGUCUUGUGAAGCCAAGCCUUGCCACAUUAAUUGUUCAUCCGUUGAUGAAGUUGGCUAUGGCCAUGAAUGAGAAGUAUAGCUCCACUGCUGCCGAGCUUCUUGCGGAGGGCAUGGAGAAUACAUGGAAAGAUUGCAUUGGGUCUGAGAUACCUCGUCUGAUUGGGGAUAUCUUUUUCCAAAUAGAAUUGAACGGGUCAUCCACAAGUUUAGUUGCAGAAAUUCCAGCUGUAUCAGUUUCUAUUCAACAGUCUUUGGUUGAGAUUCUUCUUCCAAGUUUAGCCAUGGCUGAUAUACCUGGUUUUUUGACUGUGAUUGAAAGUCAAAUUUGGUCUACUGCAUCUGAUUCACCUGUCCACUUAGUAUCCUUGAUGACUCUCAUCAGGGUUAUGCGCGGUUCUCCAAGGAACUUGGCUCAAUAUCUUGACAAGGUUGUCAGCUUCAUUUUACAAACUAUAGAUCCUAGCAACUCAGUCAUGCGGAAAACUUGCUUCCAAAGUUCAAUGACAACUUUAAAGGAGGUUAUACGCAUAUAUCCUAUGGCUGCUAUGAAUGAUACAUGGACCAGGUUGGCAGUUGGGGAUGUGAUUAGAGAGGUUAAUAACCCAAGCAUUAGGGUUUAUGACAUGCAAAGUGUGACAAUGAUAAAAGUUUUGGAUGCAAGUGGGCCUCCUGGCCUCCCAAGUUUACUUGCAGCAGCAUCAGAAACAAUUUUCACUGCUAUUUCAGCACUAAGCUUUUCACCUGAUGGAGAGGGGCUGGUUGCCUUUUCUGAACACGGGCUGAUGAUCAGAUGGUGGUCGUUGGGAUCUGUCUGGUGGGAGAAACUAAGCCGGAACUUUGUUCCUGUCCAGUGCACGAAAGUAAUUUUUGUUCCUCCUUGGGAGGGCUUCUCUCCUAAUUCAUCCAGGUCAAGUAUAAUGGCCAAUAUAUUGGGAGCUGAUGGCCAGUCAAAAUUUAAGGAGAAUGCUAGGGAUCCAGGCCAUGGGGACAGUUUAAAACAACUGCUUCAUAAUCUUGACCUCUCCUAUCGACUAGAAUGGAUUGGUGACCGGAAAGUACGUCUUACAAGGCAUGGCCAUGAAUUAGGCACUUUCCAGUUGUAAGCAUCUGGGAAUACUGAUUCCGAGAAAUUCUAGAUGAAUAUCCUCAACUGACUUUACAAUCUUAUAUAUCAAAGUUGAGUCUUUAUCACCAUGUAACGAGGAUCUUCAGCAUUCUUGCUAGCAAGAGAGGACUAAUCAUCUGCUUGGAUUUUGCGUAUCAAUGGCAGAUUAUACUAGUUCAACAAUGCCUGGCUACCCAGAAACAAAUCAGAUAGACUUAGUACGCUAUAAAACAAAUUUUUCUGGUUUAGCUUCAGUCACGGUCGGUUGUUCUCUGUAAGGGGAAAAAGAGAAGAAUAGUGGGCAAAAGGGUACAAUUUCUUAGGGUUAAACAGAAACGAGUGCAGUUUUAUAAGUAUACUUAUUGGGUAGAUCAGAUUUGUAUACAUAACAUUUUUUUCAGGCAAAAGGAAAAAAAAAAAAAGAUCAGAUUUAUAUUUUUUA